AUGCGGGAAUGGAAGUCCAUAAGGGAUACCGAAGAGUUCAAAGUACCGUCCCGUGAGUGGAUUCGUAAGAUAGGACACCAGGACUUUUUUGAUUUGGAUCCCGAGGAUCUUCCGGAACCCAGUGAAAAUGAGUAUACUCCAAGCCUUCCACCUGGAGAAUUCGAGGUUCGCGAGGAAGACCCUUUACCCGAACCUGAAGAAGAAGCCGCUGCCCCGACACGAAGAGGUUCUAUGGAUACUGGUGAAGAUGUCCCCUUAGAUGGAGUAAAUGUCCCGGUACCAGAUGAUGGUUUCUUUGGUGACACUGCCUAUUUUCAAGACCAUUUCUGCCAGAGUUACCGCUGGGAAAUUGAUAUCACUCCCUCAUGUGAUGUGGACAAAGACCAAUUUGACUCGCCAGAUGCAUAUAUCUUGGCAGCCGUGAAUGAAAGAAAGAAGAAAUCGGAAGUAAGAUUGAAGGAACUAUCACAGGAUGAUCAAAAACUAUUCGCGGUGGCCAAGCACAAAGAACUCAAGGCGUGGUUGCACCAUCGAACAAUACGGAAAGUUGCACAAGGCAAGAUUCCAGAGCACGCCAUAAUGCGCUGCAGGUGGCUCUUUGUUUGGAAAAGUCCUAAUGGUAGUGAGGACCCUUCUGAACUUUCGAAGGAUGGCAAGAAGGCCAAGGCAAGGUUGAUAGUGAUCGGAUAUGAAGACCCAAACAUCGAUGAGGUGGUAAAUGAUGCACCAACGCUAUCCAAGGACGGGCGUAUGGUUGUGUUACAAGGGGUUGCGAGCCACCAGUGGCCAUUGAUUUCUUUUGACAUCUCAACUGCUUUCCUACACGGGAAAGGAGAUGGCCGACCUCUUGGACUCGUUCCGACUCCAGAGAUGCGUGACGCUCUGGAAAUGACAGAGACGGACCAGAUACAACUAGAUGGGGGAGCGUAUGGUAGAAUCGACGCACCAUAUCUUUGGUUCUGUGAAUUUCGGGAUGAACUGGUCCGACAGAGGUGCAGACAAUCACCACUUGAUCCUUGUGUGUUCACAUACCAUGUAGAAGGUAGUUUAGAGGGUUGUUUGGGCAUACAUGUUGAUGACGGGAUUGGUGGUGGUGGUCCUAAGUUCAUGGCCAUGUUGAAGAAAGUGGAAGCUCGCUUCAAAUUUGGGGCUUUUGAGACUGGUGAAUUUACUUACACAGGGAUCCGGUUCAAACAAUGGGAUGACUCGUCUAUUGAGUAUGAUCAGAUUGAUUACAUCGAGAAGAUUCCACCAAUUUCUUUAGGAAAGGGACGACGUGACGAUCCGGAAGCCCUGGUGACAGAAGAAGAAAGAACCAGUUUUCGAAGCCUCAUAGGAGCACUCCAAUACUCUGCUGUGCACAGCCGCCCGGACUUGGCUGCGAAAAUAGGGGAAUUGCACAGUGAGGUCACACGAGCUCGUGUAAAACAUUUGCUGUUGGGGAACCGUGUUCUUGCAGAGGCCAAGCAGAACAGAUUGUUGAAGAACGAAAAGGCUGUUGUUGCUCCAGUCGCUUGGUACUCAAAGAAAAUUCCAAGAGUGGUGCGAAGUACUUUAGGAGCCGAAGCUGCAGCUUUGAGCAAUUCCGCAGAUCGUCUUUUGUGGUUGAGAGUGCUGUGGUCGACAUUGUUAGAUCCGGAUUGCAACUGGAAAGAACCAGAGAAACUGCUGGCAGAGAGGAAUCCUGGUGCUCUUGUAACGGACUGCAAAUCGGCCUUUGAUCUUUUGACGCGUACAGCAAUCCCACAGUGCUCCGAACAUCGAACGACGAUUGAGUGCUUACUCAUAAGAGAGAGGCUCCGGAACAACGCUGUGGUAAGAUGGGUCAGUUCCCAGGCUAUGUUAGCAGACUGUCUCACGAAAACUAUGGACAGUAGUGUUCUGAGAGAGUGUCUUCGAACAGGACGUUACGCAUUGAGAGACGAGACCUUUUUGUUGAAGGAAAGACUUAGUGCCAGGGAGAGACUCAAGUGGGUGAAACAAUACCGACAUGAAAAAGACCCAUCUGAAGAAGAUGUAGCUAUGACAAUGAAUGAAGACGGCAAGUACAAGCAUGCACGAGAUUUUUGGCGUAAAGGAGCUAGAGGGGAGAUCAUCCGAGUGCACGUAGUUCCAAGGUUUCAAUUGUUUACUCCUGUGGGGUCCGUGGACUGUCCUGUAGAUCUUAUAAAGCUAGAGGCCUACCGGGACACUUUUCGUGAAGGGGGUACAGGAGAGAGAGACUUCUGGACAGGAACGAAUGCACAUCGGAGGACGACUUUUCCUUGGACGGGCGAGACCGUUUUCUACGAGAAAAGAAGAUUUUAA